AUGAAUAGUAAUGUUGAGGAUUGGUCCGACUCAGUGGAUAUCCCCGACUGCAGGACAAGGGAUGAUCCAGCCGUGCCCAUAUACAAACAAAUAAGAACAUCAAUCAUUGUUGGUGUAGUUGUGGUCGUGGCUCUAGUAGGAUUGGUCAUCUUCAACUAUAUCUACAAACAACGACACAAGGAGAUAAUGAAGAUGUUGGCAUCAGAGUCAAAGACCAAACUGUACAAAGAGAUAUACGAUAAAUACAACAACGCCAACAUCAGUGACUACAUUGCCAACAGUGCUGGACAAUCGGGCAAUACAUCCUACAUUGACCAAGGUGCAUCCUACGAUACCCAGUCCAAUGUUACAGAGGAUGAGAGUCCUGAAGAGAUAGUUAUAACAACUGAAUAA